AUGCGAGAUUUGGAGUUCUCGAUCGCACCUGGCUUGCAACAAGAAUUGUAUUUAGGUAUAGAUUUUUGGAAGGCGUUUAAUAUGAGUGUUGUUAGUAGAGGAGGCGCUCCUAGCAUGAAUGGCGCUAGUGUUUCAGAGCUUGUGCACGCCGAAGGAGACCUCACCUUAGACGCAGUGCAACAUGUCUUGAGUCACGAUCAAACUGUGGCAUUAGAUCGUGUGAAGGCACAUUUCCCGUCCUUCGCCGUAUUCGGACUAGGCAAGACAGACAAAGAUGAUGAUGUAAUAGAAGUGACCAACGAGAACCUUCCAGUAAAGCAGAGGCACUAUCCAAUAUUCCCAGCCAUUCAGAAACUUGUUUAUAAUGAAUUAGAUCGAAUGCUUGAGAUCGGAGUAAUAGAAGAGUCAAACAGUAGAUGGAGCUCGCCAGUUUCACUCGUUAUAAAAGGGACCAAAAAUCGCCUCUGUCUGAAGGCUCGCAAG